AUAAUCAAAUGCAAUGCACCGUUAUUUAACACCAAACUGUCUCUGUGUCUGUUUUUUAAAGAAGUGAAAAAUCCAUUCUAUGGGGGAAGCUACAAAUCUAAUGUACCCAUCUCUGAAUGAAAAUGACUCCUCAGAUGCAUGUAUGACCGAUAUUUCUUACAGAAUGGAGAUCUAUGCCACUGACGGGGGAUUUCCUGUGUUCACACCUCUUCAUUGUAUUACUGUGAAGACCGUCGCUAAGAGGGCACGACAACACCUUUCCCCCAUCAGGAGACUGAAAAGAUUUGGCAUGGGUCCCCAGACCUUCAAAAAGUUCUACAGCUGCACCAACGAGAGCAUCCUGACAGGUUGCAUCACCGCCUGUUGAGGUGGCACCAUGUAGCAAUCCCUGGCGCAUGGCCUGUCUACUGGGCAUUUUCAACUUCCUGGGGUCGGUCACACCCCUCCAUGUGGCUCCCGUGAUGACUGGCCUCCGCUCCGCCUUUUCAGCCACGCGGACCAAUAGCAUCCUGGGAGGCACUCAGAACGCUGUGACCUUCAACAAGCUCCUAGUCAACACAGGGAGUGAUUUCAACCCAGACACGGGCCACUUCCGCUGCAGAAUCCCUGGAGCCUAUUACUUGUCCUUCACGUUGGGGAAAUAUCCCAAGAAGAUGUUGUCUGUCAUACUGGUGAAGAAUGGGCAGGAAGUGCAGGCUAUAGCCUAUGACGAUUACAAAAAGAAAGGGAGGAAGGUCCAGAGUCAAAGUGUCAUGAUCAGCCUGAGGGCCAUGGACACAGUAUGGCUGAUGCUGCAGGACAGUCCUCAGUAUGCUCUAUACAGCAACGCUGGACCUUACAUCACCUUCACCGGUUACCUGGUGUACCCCGACAUCUCCAUCACUGGGUAUCUCAACAACCACCUAUCUCUGUCAGGGCAGCCCUACCCCAACUCCAACUGUCCCCCUCCUGGAGACCACAUGUAUGGCUGGAGCGGUAGUGCUGAGGCCCCUGUGGAGCCUCGCUCUGCCUUCUCCAUGGCCAGGACAUCCCCGGUCCUGGGGGAGAAUGGUGGCAGGCACCAGGAGAAGGAGCCUCUGACCUUUGAUGUGGAGUACGUCAACAUUGGAGGGCACUUUAACAAGACGUCGGGCCGCUUCACCUGCCGCUACCCUGGUGCCUACUAUUUUGCCUUCACUGUGGGGAAGCACCCGCGCAGGGCAGUGUCAGUCAAGCUGAUGACAGGCCAAGGCAAGGUGCAGGCCAUGGUGUUUGACGAGGAUACGUCCAGGAGGAGGGAGAUGCAGAGCCAGAGUUUGCUGCUGUCGCUCCAUAGGGGGGACAUCGUGUGGCUCUACAGCCAGCAGGACGAGCGCUACGCCGUCUACAGCAACCAGGGACGCUACACCACCUUCUCAGGCUUCCUGGUCUACCCAGACGUUGAACCCACCACCACCACCAGCCAGGACCUGGACAGAACUCACUUCUGAGGGCUCGAAGUUCUUCAAAACACACUGGACCCUCCUAGAAAAUGUACAUGGUGCUAUGGUUACAAAAUCUAAUUUGUGAAAGUGUGAAUGUCAGUGCUAAGUUGCACUAUGCUUCAUAGGCUUUGUUUAGAACCGCUGUAGUCAGCUUCUGGGUGUGGAUGGAACAACAACAGUAGCAACCUCUAAACAAUGGGGCAGAGAUGUACAUAUAUUAUACACAUCUUAUACACAGAUACACAUUUGUUGGCCAUUUAUUGAUUUCAUAGUAUUAUAUCAUUCCACAAGAUGGGGCUGGGAGUUCAUUUUUUGGAUACAACGACAAGCUUAGACAUUAUUACACAUAAUCAUGUAAUGUUUCUCUUUAUUACCAAAUUGUCUGUGGAUAAGUAGGUGAUUUUCUGUUUUGUUUUUGGCUGCGUUUAAACCAAAGUUAUGGGCUAUAUGUUAGUAUAUGAUGCUGGAUCAUUAGGAUUCUUUGGAUACCUCAUGUUUUUUUUCUGUAAUUCACCAAAAACUAUGUGUUACAAUAAGUAGAGCUUUCCUAGGUAAUCUUUAUAUAUACAGACUUGCUUAGGGACAUAAUUAUUUAUCCUUACUGAGCAGAUGUGUUUGCAAAGACUCAGCAAAACUCAGAAAAUAAUUUAAUAAUUUAACUUGUGUAGUGAUUGCAUUGAGUAGACUACUAUGUAAAUACUGCAUAGUUUGCCUGAAUGACUGUAUGGACUUAGAUAACCUGAAUUUGAUGUAGUUAUGAAUGUUUGAUCUAUUCUGAAUGCAUAGUGAAAGAAUAUUCAUUAAAGGAGAAGUUUACCCAAAAUCCAGAAACUCCCAAGUGUAUUCCAUACAUUGAAACUAGUUCAGUGGAGUUUGCCCUCUCCCCCUCUCUCUCCCUGUAGGUCAACUGACUUGUGACAUUGAUGGAUGCAGGCCUCGCUAUGCUCUGUUGCCAGUUAAUUCAUGAUUCAGAAAUCUGCGAAGUGUGGACAAAUUCAUUAUUUUAUUGAAGGCGUAUGGCCGAAUCAGCUAUUUGUUUUGAGUCGGGAAAUGUGUACUUUUCCACCUAAAACAUUUGCGAUUAUUUUACAUAAUUAUUUCAUGUAGCCGACUACCACAGCGCAUGUGCACUCUUGGGGGAAUCCCUGCUAAGUAGAGCUGCUGCUUUACAUGCUGACCAGACCGGAAACGUUGCGUGCUCGAGCGUUGCAAAAUACAUUUAGAAAUCCAUGUUAUUCAAUUAUUGCACUCACACUGCUUGCACGUGACAACAAGCGGCUGCGUUGCCGGGGGCUAAAAUAGAAGUCAUUCCUAUUUCUGACGCAGAUUGCGCUGCAAGUCCUGCCUCUCCCAUCUCCUCAUUGGUUUAUAGAAGCAGGUACCCACGUGCCAUCUCCUAAUUGGUAAUACCCACGUGGGUGAUUGAAAGACGAACUGUUUUGCCGGUCGUCAUGGUAAUACUAUGAAAGUUUAGAUGCCAAUCACCAUAUAAGUUCAAAGAUGAAAAAGCCUGAAAGGAGGAGAGAUGACUAGAAACGAUUCGGUUGACCGUUUUAUGUGUGGAUUAAUUGUCGGAGUAGAGGAACAACUCAAUGUUUAUAUCCCAGGACAAUUUAGCUAGCAGCAGCAAGCAAGCUAAAUAGGACAAAUUAGCUAGCAAGUGCAAGCUAGCUAGCUAAAUUGCCAUUAAUGCUUUUCGACCUGUCCCCAAAUUAAUGUAAUUGGUUCAGAGUUUGUUUUGAUAUUUUAACCUGCGAUGAUCGCAUUUGGUGUGGGGGGACAAAAUACAUUUAUGCACGAUGGCACACGCGUGCAGCCGGUUUGGGUUCCGUGAUAGCCAUCGAAGGCGCAGCAGUAGCUGGACCACAGCCCCAACCAUCCUCAGGAUCAUCACAGACUGACUGGUGGUGUAAUUGUGGCAAUUGCGCUCCAAUGCUGCGAAGGAGGAAUGUUUGUGCUGCGGAUCAUUUGAUUAUGUAACUACAAUUCUUAUAGAAAUGGAGGAACAUAAUUAUGAUAAAGAGCAGUUAGUUUGCUUUUGAGACCACAGGGAUAUUGCUGCCCAGAUUAACUCUGGUGUCCUUGAAACAUUUAUCCGUAUUCCAAAAACGAAUUGGAGACGCACCACUGUUCCAGCUGGGACAAAUGGACAGUUGUCUAAUGAGUAAGUAGCUAAACUUUACUUUAAUGAAUGAUUGCUUCUCUUAAACCUUUAUUAAUGGGGAUAUUAGUGGGUUUUAUGUUUUGACAUUAGCUCAAAACCCUAUAUAGCCUAUGUUUAUAUAUCACAGUGUUUUUUGUAUAUUCUAUUCUGUAAUAUAAGGUGACACAAUGUCUAUUGUCCACAGCCCCGUCAUAAAUACAUAGGGCACAUAUGCCAUCCUGUAGAGCACCUAGGCCUGUACUGUAUGUCUACAUUAUAUGGUGCAAUGGUAAUAACGCAAUAAGAACACCACGAACUUCAAGAAUCAGGCUGGCAACGGAGCAGAGCAGGCCUCUAUCCAGCAAAGCCACGUGACCGUUUUUGCAGCUUUUUCAGUACAGCACUACGUUUGUUUAUCCUAUUUGUAGCUCUGUGUUGUUGUUUUUGUCGCACCUCUUUGCUUUAUCUUGGCCAGGUCACAGUUGUAAAUGAGAACUUGUUCUCAACUGGCCUAACUGGUUAAAUAAAGGUGAAAUAAAAUAAAAAAUAAAAGGGAGAGAGAGGAGAGAGAGGGCAAACCCCACUGAUUUAUUUUCAAUGUAUGGAAUCACUUGGGAGUUUUAGGAUUUGGGUAGACUUCUCCUUUAAGGAGCAGUUCCAUGAUUCAAAGGUCAUCCAUGGGAUCCAAAAAGUAAUGACUGAAACUGAUCAAUGUGUGAUUUAAACUUCUCUUGUAUAAGAAAUAAAAAAUGUAGUUAUGUUAUUCAAUAUUUUUAUUAUUCUACCUCCUACACAGUACAUUGAGCAGAAAACACCCUAUUAAAGGCCAACU